GUUUCUUUUUUUCUUUUUUGCUUAAUAUAUACAUAAAUUAUUGUAUUGUUGGCUUGCUGAAGAAAUAUAUUGUCUGUGAUUAUUUGUGAUGCUUGACGCUAAAUACAAUGCUGCAGUCCUAUUUCCAUUUUGUAUUUAAACGUCCAAAUGCAGACCUAAUGUAAACUUCAUCACUUUUUGGUAUUUCCAAGUGGGUCUUUCUUAAAAUGUUUAAAUCCUGAUAUUAAAAUAUUUUUUACUAUGUUUGAAUUUUGUUUUUUAAAAUAAGGAAAUGCAAAAUAUUGAGUAAUAAUUUAAGUAAUUUCAAAAAACUCCUGCAAAUCCUUCUUCAUAUAGAACCUAAAAAUGUGUAUCUACUAACAAAGACAAAAUUUCAAAGGAAGUCAAAUCUGAAGUAACAAACAUUUGAAAGAUUCAAAAAUCUAAAAUCUGAAAUGAUAAUUUAUGUGGCAUAAAUCUAAAAGAAAACCUGAUGACAGACCAAAAGAAAGACAGAAAGAAAGAAACACUUUGCUGCUGACUUUAUCAGGGAUUUGAUCAACAAUAUAUGGCAAUUUGACCUCAUAUAAACUACUUUGGCCACAGUGUUUGCAAUUAUGCUGUGAAAUUGUGUAUGUAUAGGUGUCACACAUUUUCCCAGCAAUAGAGUGAGUUACACAUAAAGACCAACAGGUGGCAUAAAACCUCUAUUAUCAGUUGACCUUUUAGACCGACUCACUCUACUGACAUGUGCUCAUAAUCUCUCACUUACAGUGUAAUAAUGCAUGUAGAUAGAUUAGGUAAAUUCAAUUUACUUGGUUUUCUGUAUUUCUGUAUUGAGAUAUUCAUCUGUGAGUUAUCUACCCUUUCACCAGUAUGGUAGAGUUCAAUGGAAAUUUAGUUUGCAACACUGACAGUAUUAAAAAUGUUUGAAAAACAGCAUUGUGUUGUACAGGCCACAGUGGCCACAUCGUUCUAUGAAUAAUCACAGCUAUCAGUGUAGUAAUUUGAAGUGCAUUUUUUUUCAAUACACUGACUACCAGAAACUUCAUUCCAUUCACUUCCACUAAUAAUUUGUUCAAAUGUAAUGCAUUCAUUUCAAUGCAUUUUAUUCUUAUGUAUAGGAAUUAUAUCUAACAUAAGGUUAUAUGCUGUAACUGCUGAAAUGACAAAAAGUAAAUCUCUGUCUGCAGAUGUUGGAGCAGAUACCACCACCACCUUAGUUUAUGAUUAUGCCGAUUAUUACAGCCUGAAUAUAAUUAACUUUAGUCCAUGUGACUCCCAUGGUGUGAACGCUUUUGGCAAGGUGUUCCUGCCCGUUCUCUACAGUCUGGUUUUCAUCCUCGGCGUCAUAGGUAAUGGCCUCGUGGUGUGUGUCCUGGUGAAACACCGCAACCACACCAACCUGACAGACAUCUGUCUCUUAAACCUUGCCGUCUCUGACCUCCUCUUCAUCCUCACGCUGCCUUUCUACGCUCACUAUGUUGUGGUCAGCACGUGGACCUUCGGAGACUUCAUGUGCCGCUUUUCCGCUGUCUCCCACAACACCGGCUUCUUCAGCGGCAUCUUCUUCAUGGUUGUCAUGACGCUGGACCGCUACACUGUCAUCAUGCACUCCCUCACGGUGGCACGAUAUCGCACUCUGAGGGCAGGGAUCGCUAUAACAAUUAUUGUUUGGAUGUUGAGCUUCAGUGUGUCUCUACCCGCUCUUACCUUCACAAAGGUGACAAAUGAGUCUUCCCUGCUUGCUUGUAGCUACACCCCGGAUAGCUACGCCUGGGAGCUUUAUGAACUCUUGGCACCAAAUAUACUAGGUCUUGUGAUUCCCUUGCUGGUGAUGGUAAUUUGCUACCUCAGGAUCAUCCCCACACUAGUGAACAUGAGGACCACAAAGAAGCACCGUGUCGUCAAGCUGAUCGUCUCCAUAAUAGUUGCAUUUUUCCUGUUCUGGACCCCAUAUAACAUUUCUCUUGUCCUCAAGUUUCUGAAAGAUGGGAAAAAAAUGCAAAGUGACGAAUGCACCCUGGGGGGAAAUCUGAAGCUGGCAGUAACAGUGACUGAGACCAUUGCUUACACUCACUGCUGCCUGAACCCCAUCAUAUAUGCCUUUGUGGGGCAAAAGUUUAUGAAACGAGCCAUGCAGCUGCUGAAGGACUGGGUGCCUUGGAUUCCCUUUCCCUCCAGAAAUGAUAUGUCAGACAGCUCAUACAGGAAAAGCUCCAUUAUGUCCAGGUCCUCCGAGCUCACCUCCACCAUCAUCAAGUAGGAGGUGGAGGGCCAUGUUUUAUGGACAUCAGCUAGAGAGUUUGACAUGUCUUCAUACAGGGUUGCCUUGUUAUUCCAUUUUAUCACUGUUCAUGUAUCAUCUUUUUUCUUUCUUUCUUUCUUUUUUGUUGCAGUUUCCACCUGUGACAGCUGUGUCCACAUUAUCAUCUUCAGACCAGUCAGAUUUAGUUUAGCACUCAGAAUUUGAACUGGAAUAUUUUGUUUUGACUAUAACUGAAGUGUGAAAUUAUCAGUCUCACCAUCUCCUUCACUGUAUGAUUUUAGGCACUGUAUAUUGUAAAUGCAAUGCUCCAUCUUUUCCUGCUGACAUUGGAGGAAACUUAACGGCACUUCAUAAUCUACACAAGUGACUGAAACCUUGAUGUUCUUGUUUGUUACAGUAUGUAACCACAAAGUGUGUUUGUCUGUGCCUGAUGUGUCUAAAGUGUUUCUGCUUCUCCUUUUUUUUUCCCCUUUUCACACUUUUUUUUUAUUUGGCUGUAAGUUGACGGAAAAACAUUCAUGGUGUAGGGGAAAACUCAACAGUUGAAAAUAAGAAAUGAGGCAAAAUACUCUUUUACAACACAGAGUUGUUUUUUUCACUCCACUUGUGGAAAAAGUUAUUCAUUCAGAAGUGUGAUGAUGAAUCAAAGAUAAUGCAUCUGUUGAUAUGGAACCAGUGUCUUCUCAUCACAUGUACCAGUAACUUUCCAUUAUUUUUUUUGGAUUUUGUGUUAUGUUUCACAUUUGUAAAUAUGUACAGUACACAGUGUAUUUGCAAUUUUCUAGUCUCUUCAUUCUCAAUGUAUUCUUUUUUGCUGCUGUAUCAUGUUGUGAUUUGUUGUUGUAGUGAUUUUGUUUGCGAAAAGAGACAAUAAAGUUUUACAUCUCCUAAA